UCUCUCUCUCUCUCUCUCUCUCUCUCUCUCUCCCUCUCCCUCCCCCUUCUCCUUUCCUCUCUUUCUUUCUCUCUUUUAUGAAAUCAAUGAACGAGUUAUUGGGUAGGACAUAAAUAUAAGGAAUCAAAGCCUCUAUCGGGACCAACUGGGCACUGCGCGCUUUUUUGAUAUGAGUCUUCGCUGCACGCUACAUGUGUUUUCCAAUCAUUGUAAAUACUGGCUUUGAUAGGACGAGAGCGGACCCUCUCUGGCACAGCUUGGUCUCGGAACCAAAAUUGUCUCCUUUCUUUUUAUUUUUUUAUUUUUCCUCUACUUCAAAAACGACUCUCCGCCCGUCGCCGUCUGCCGCCGUUGUCCUGUAUCCAUCCCCAACUCUCACCGCGGCAGGUCCGAAGAUGGCAACUUUAACCAACGGGCAGGUGGACGGCGCGGUGCACGGCGUCGGCGUCGGUGUCGUGUCUGCCAGCACGAACGGGCUCGUGAACGGAUUAAGCCACAGCUCGGCGGGAUGCCCGGCCACCAUACCCAUGAAGGACCAUGAUGCCAUCAAACUCUUCAUCGGCCAGAUCCCCCGCAACCUGGACGAGAAGGACCUCCGGCCCCUCUUCGAGGAGUUCGGCAAAAUCUACGAGCUCACUGUGUUGAAGGACCGCUUCACGGGCAUGCACAAAGGCUGUGCCUUCCUCACCUACUGUGCCAGAGAGUCAGCCCUGAAAGCCCAGAACGCAUUGCACGAGCAGAAGACCCUGCCAGGAAUGAACAGACCGAUCCAGGUGAAGCCAGCAGACAGUGAGAGUCGAGGAGAAGACAGAAAGCUCUUUGUGGGCAUGCUGAACAAGCAGCAAUCAGAAGAUGACGUCCGACGCCUCUUUGAGUCCUUCGGUAGCAUCGAGGAGUGCACCAUCCUCAGAGGUCCCGAUGGAAACAGCAAAGGUUGUGCGUUUGUAAAAUACUCGUCUCAUGCUGAAGCUCAGGCAGCCAUCGGUGCACUACACGGGAGCCAGACAAUGCCUGUGGUUGUACAGGGUGCCUCGUCCAGUCUGGUGGUAAAGUUCGCUGACACGGAUAAGGAGCGCACCAUCCGCCGCAUGCAGCAGAUGGCCGGUCAGAUGGGUAUCUUCAACCCCAUGGCCCUGCAGUUUGGAGCCUAUGGGGCUUACGCUCAGGUGCAGCAGCAGGCAGCAUUGAUGGCGUCUGUAGGACAGGGGGGCUACCUCAGUCCUAUGGCAGCUUUCGCAGCAGCCCAGAUGCAGCACAUGGCCACCAUCAAUGGCCUCCCCGGAGCACCGCUGACCCCCACGUCAGGUGGCAGCACUCCCCCGGGCAUCAGCGCCCCCACAGUGACCAGCAUCCCCUCUCCCAUCAGUGUCAACGGUUUUACCGGCAUGCCCCCGCCCCAGGCAAAUGGGCAGCCACCAGCAGAAGCUGUCUUCACCAACGGCAUCCACCAUUACCCUGUGUUGCAGGAGGUGGUUUUUAGGGAGGACUCAGAGAAAAACGGCUUGGGCGUGGCUCCGCGGAGUUGUUUUGGGGUUCAGGGUGGCUGCUUCCUCUCCUCUCUCUCAGAAGCAGCUCAAAGUCCCACUGCAGCCGAUCCUCUCCAGCAGGCUUACACAGGAGUCCAGCAGUAUGCAGCAGCCUACCCCGCCGCAUACGGUCAGAUCAGCCAAGCCUUCCCCCACCCUCCGCCCAUCAUUCCACAGCAGCAACGAGAAGGACCAGAGGGCUGCAACCUGUUCAUCUACCACCUCCCUCAGGAGUUUGGGGAUGGAGAGCUGAUGCAGAUGUUCCUGCCUUUCGGUAAUGUCAUCUCCUCCAAAGUGUUUGUGGAUCGGGCGACAAACCAAAGUAAAUGCUUUGGGUUUGUGAGCUUUGACAACCCAGGUAGUGCUCAAGCUGCCAUCCAGUCCAUGAACGGCUUCCAGAUUGGCAUGAAGAGACUGAAGGUCCAGCUCAAGAGACCAAAGGACGCCAACCGCCCCUACUAGCCCUCCUCCCCUGCCCCAGCCGGCCGCCGCCAUCGUUGGCGGGCGGGGCAGGCGUUGUCAACAGGAAAAGACAGGAUUUGUUGAGCUGAAUAACAUGUUGACCACUUGCUACCCACCGCUGAGUGCAAACUCAGCUUCUGGACCACAAAGGCUGCUUCAGAAAAAGAGAAGAAGAGAGAACGAGCAUUGACCAGGUCCAGCACACCUCCCUUUGGAUGUACUAAAACUUUUGAACUCAGAGAGCAUUUCUGGUUAGCACCAGGACUCCUUUUCCUCCUGCACACAUAUACACAGUUCCUCCUCCUAAAUACCCUGCUUGAUUGACAGCUACCGUUUCCUGGACUACAAACACUUUUACUUGAACGCUGAGAGGGGAAAAAAGGUAAAAGAUCAUCCAGCGAACCUACAGACAAUGACAAAUUCAACCGAACUCUGCAAGGGAAUACGGACGCCCAAAGUCCAACAGGAAGAAAAAAAAAAAAAAAACUUUUAAAAAAACUGGUGGAUUGCCGUAGGAGAUCCUUCUGACAGAUGGUUUGAGUUUUUUGGAUAACUGACUUUUGAAGAACGAUUUCUAAGACUUCAAGCAACUAGGUGCAAAUUGUGAGAGAGAGGAAGAACUGAAGUAGGGAAUGUGACAUUUUCACAACACAGAUUUGGGAUGGCCAUCUUCAGCUCGGAGUGCCUGUCCGUUUCCAGGGAACACCGUUGCCGAGGAGAGCCGCAGCAACGGAUUCCAGGGAGUCUUAUCCGUCAUUCCUUAGUUGUUUUAGGGACCAAAAGACCAAACGUUUUUAUCGCUGAGGACUUGUAGCUCUAAUAUACUCGGACCACCGCAUCUCUUUCAGUCAGCGUCGCCUGCCCGGAGAGAGUUGCCCUCAAAAUAAGUGUACAUUUCAAAUAUAUACAAAACCUGUAUAUAUACAUAUAUAUUGCUGAUAUGCUUUUUUGAAUACAGGCAGAGCUAUUUCAGAUGAGCAAAAGGGGUCUCUCACUUCGCUAGUUUACAAUUACGCAAAAGGUUUAUUUUUGUUCCCCUUUUCAUUUUUUUUUGUUUUUGUCUCGGGAGGGAUGACGAAUGCAUGGGAGGGGCUGCUCCGUAUCACAGCCUUAUCUUUUUUAAAUCGACAUCCUAACCUCACAGAUAAAUUAACAUCCGAAACGUUUGAAAUAUAUGAACUUGUUUAUAUUUGCAGUACAUAUAUAUGUAUAACAAGCAUUCAAGCAAAUGUAUUCAUAUAUACAGUAUAUAUGGAUAACAGAUAUUAAUCACAAAUAUAUGUAUUUAUAUGCACAUAUUUUAUAUAUGUGUGACUGUACAUAGAGCGGCUACUGACUAUGUUGAGCUGUAAUUUUUUUGUAGAUUUUAGCAAGAGUUUGAUGCAUUGCUCUGCUUGGGAAGAACCGCACAUCUGGCAGCUCCCCAAAACUGCAGGCAUUCCUAUCUCCUGAUAACCUAUAUGCUGACAUACGACAUGUUACUAAAAAAAAAAAAAAAAAAAGGCAAAAAAAAAAAAGAAAAGAAAAAAAAGAUCAGCGCGUGUGAGAAAUCGUAUCUUCUGUAAAUAUUAUCAGAAAAAUGCAAAAAGCCACCUCUCAGUAGCAGGCUUUAGAGAAUCAGGCUAAAGAGGAUUUUCUUUAGAAGAAAAAGGACAAUUAUCUUCGACUCUAUUCCAAAACAUAUCAUGUGAGCUCACACAGACACACACACACAUACAUAUGCAGACACCCACAAACUUCUCUUUGAAACUUGAACCAAAACGAAUACGUCUCACAACCCUUGCUCUCUUUUGCAUUCAGUAAAGUGCAUGUAGCGUAUGGGCUGUCACCACGUCGAGGUGUGCCUUGUCACCUGCAGAAUCUGCCAUCCAGCACUGUGCUCCCACAAUGGAAAAAAAACAAACAAACAAAAAAAAAAAAACACAGACACAAAGAACCUGACUACACACUUCUGCAAGCAGCCAAUGCGCUAUUAUGAUGUCAAAAACCACAGGCCGAUCCAUAUCAUUUCUCCGCCAUGUAGAGAGCUUUAGCGCAUGUCAAACGGAGCAAAUCAUCCAAUCACUGUUGGGUCUAACUUUGUCUUUGGAAAAACAUACAACAAAAAAAACAUGCAUUUAGAGCUAAGGUAGACACGCGUGAUUACACUUUAUAAAACGUGGGCAUUAGGUGACCUGUUGGCACAGGUGUCGAGAAUCAAAGCAGUGUGCAGGGCUCCUGUAACUACCUUCCUCUGGUUGAAGCUGGAGAAAAUAACAGGCGUGGCUGAACGAGGGAAGUGACUGAGCAGUAUUUACGGCUAUGACGUUAUUGCAAUGUUGAUCAGGAUGUUGGAAAUCUGGUUUUGCAUAACAUUUCGCGUUUUAUGAGCAUGUCUCUGCUGGUGACAUGAAGCAUUCGCUUUUAAGUGUGUCAGAUUGCCUUAUAACACGUUCCCAUCCAAUUGAAUAAACAUACUGCUUCACCACACAAUUAUAGACAGCCCUGGCAGAGAUGUGUACAAAAAGCCUUAAAGUACAAGGUCAUUAUGGAGACAUUGUGACCCCCUAACACUUCUUGCUGUAAUUGUCUAACAGUAAGGUUUGGAGACUUUUUCCUUUCUUUUAACAUCCGUCACCAUCCUGCUCACUGUGCAUGUUGGCAAGAUGCAGGUGCUUCUCAACGGAUUACAAUAUCUUUGAAAGGUUAAUUUAUAUAUUUAUUUAUUUUUUCAAAUAUUCAGUUGAGAUAGUUAACCUUGUAGAUUUUGUUAACACAGCUUGAUAUUUCAAGGGUUUCUGUUUUUGUUAACUUUGCUAAAUAUGGCUUACAGCUGCUGAAAACCCAAAAUGUUGUUUCUCAGAAACAUAAGAGGAUGAUAAAACAAUACAAGGUUUGGAAUACAAAUACAAACCAGAGUAAAAACCAACAAGACCAAUAAAAACAAAAUGCAACACCAUCAAGUUCAGAAGAAAGAAUCAGUGAGGACCCUUCCAAUGAAUAAUAUAACUUAAUAAUUCCAGUUUUAUUUUUCAAACUAAUUAGGGAAACAUAUGAACUUUUCAUUGAUAUUCUAAUUUAAUGUGAUGCACCUGUAAACUUAUAGAGCCUGGUUCCAGUAGAUGGUUUAAAGGGGCCUAGUCACAUAUUU